GUUCUCUUCACAUAACACUUACAUAAACCUAUUCUUAUCAGUCGCACUUACUUAUAUCGAAGUGAACCACUUCAUAAAUAUACUUACUUACUUUGCGGCGAGUCGGCAUAUUUAUAUUAAAUUAGAUCGAAUAACGCUGAAUAAUGGCUGCUGGGGGAUUUUCAGCCCAGGAGAUUGAGGCUUUGUGCCAGACUCCUGAUCCGAACACCAAGGAUUUCCUGUUCCAGCAGACGAUGUACCGCAUCAAGGAUCCUCGCAAGUCUCUACCUUUCUACACCGGAGUGCUCGGCAUGACGCUGCUGCAGCAACUUCACUUCCCCGAGAUGAAGUUCUCUUUGUUCUUCAUGGGCUACGAGAACCCUAGCGACAUACCCAAGGACGAAGCUGAAAGGAAGAAGUGGGCUAUGAGCAGGAAAGCGACGCUCGAGUUGACUUACAACUGGGGCACAGAGUCCGAUGACUCGGCGUACCACAACGGAAACUCUGAGCCGCGGGGAUUCGGACAUAUCGGACUGUUGGUGGCGGAUGUCAACACCGCUUGUGACAGGUUCGAGCAACUAGGAGUGAAGUUCAUCAAAAAGCCUAAUGACGGUAAAAUGAAGGGACUGGCCUUCAUACAAGACCCCGACGGCUACUGGAUAGAAAUAUUCGACCAGAAAACCAUUAGUUAGAG